CGCAUGGGACGGCGUCGCCGGAGUGGGUGGAGUGAGGGCGGCCGGGCGGGGGGGAAAGCCAGGCAGGCAGGCAGGCUGAGGGGCCUCUCAGGAAGGAAGCCGCCGGAGGAGCCCCCCCCCCCGAGGAACAGCCUCUCCGCCGCCACCGCCAAGACCAACGGCCGUUAGUCCCCGGUGGCCGGAAGGAAGGCUUGGCGGGGAGGAGCCGCCUUCGCCGCCGCCCUCCCGGGCCGAGAGCGAGCCGACGAGGCCUCCGCAGCUUCAGCCGCCGCCCUGCGCGGUGGAGCUGGACAGCGAUUUCUGGCCCUCCCCCGCCGCUGGGCCUCUUCGCCAACUGUUAAUAUGGCAAUGCAAGUGCUGGGGCAGUCUGGUGGCAGUGGCCUGUUCCCUGGAAAUACUAACCUUGGCAUGGCUUUGCCAAAUGACAUGUAUGACUUUUCGGAACUUUCCAAAGCUGAGCUAGCAGCUCCGCAGCUUAUUAUGCUGGCAAAUGUGGCCCUGACAGGAGAAGUGAAUGGCAACUGUUGUGAUUACAUGGUUGGUGAAGAGAGGCAAAUGGCUGAACUGACAACCGUCGGCAAUGCCAACUUUUCAGACAGCGAUGGAGAAGGAAUAGAUGAAGCACAGGGCAUGGAGAACAACCAUAGGCGCCUGGAAGAUGUGGAUCUUGGAUCCCUUGAAGCUCCUGAGGUUCGUAAUGUGGAAAUGGCAGAACUGACGGAGCCUUCUGUUCCGCAUACUUGCAGCCAAGACAAGGGCUACCCGUUGGAGGUGGCAGAUACGCCAGAGAGUGCAGAUGACAAAUGUAAGAGCUUGAAGAACAAACCAUUUCGCUGUAAGCCGUGUCAGUAUGAGGCAGAGUCAGAGAAGGAGUUUGUCCAUCACAUUCGGGUACACAGUGCCAAGAGAUUCAUUGUGGAAGAAAAAGCUGAGAAGCAUGGCCAAGUUAAAGAAGCUGCCUCCAGUGCUACAGAUGAAGUUGAUUUCUCCAAGGGCCCCAUUAGAUGUGAUCGCUGUGGCUACAACACUAACAGGUAUGAUCACUAUCUGGCUCAUUUGAAGCACCACAACAAAGCUGGAGAAAAUGAGAGGGUCUACAAAUGCACAAUCUGCACAUACACAACUGUCAGUGAAUAUCACUGGAAGAAGCAUUUAAGAAACCAUUUCCCACGGAAAGUGUACACAUGCUCACAAUGCUCCUACUUCUCGGACCGUAAGAACAACUAUGUGCAACAUAUUCGAACUCAUACAGGAGAGCGUCCCUAUCGGUGUUCCAUGUGUCCUUAUUCAAGUUCUCAGAAGACUCAUUUAACCAGGCACAUGCGCACGCAUUCAGGUGAGAAGCCGUUUAAAUGUGAGCAGUGCAGCUAUGUGGCAUCAAACCAGCAUGAAGUGACUCGGCAUGCAAGGCAGGUUCAUGAUGGGCCCAAACCGCUGGCCUGCCCGCAUUGUGACUACAAAACUGCUGACCGAAGCAACUUCAAGAAGCAUGUUGAACUCCAUGUCAGCCCACGGCAGUUCCUUUGCCCAGUCUGCGAGUAUGCUGCAUCCAAGAAGUGUAAUUUGCAGUAUCACAUCAAAUCCAGGCACCCUGACUGUUGUGACAUCACAAUGGAUGUCUCAAAAGUAAGACUACGAACUAAAAAGAAUGAAGUGAAUACUUCUGAAAACGUGGGUGGUGAUAAUAAGGGCGUGGAACAAGAACAGGCAAAGAAAGAGAUGACUGAAAAGAAAAGUGAGAGAACUGUAAAAGAAGAGAACCUGUCAAAAGAAAAGAAACCAACUAGCAGUGUUGGUAUAGGCCACGUAACAACUCGAAGUCGCAAAACCGUUGCUGAAAGCAAAGAGGCAAAUGUGAAAACUGAGAAAAUGACAGAGAAAUCUGGCAAAACAAAGAAAGCAAAGAGAAAAGCUGAUGCCACCCCUGUUCCUUUGACAAAAGAUGUUGCAGCAGACACUGAUGUUACAGUGAAGAAGAAAAAGAAAACUGAAAAAAUGUCCCCUAAAUGUCAGGACUCUCAAAAGAGUGAAAACAAGUUGGAAGUCACCAAAAAGCAAAAUUCUUGCCUGAAGAAAAACAAGAAAAAGAAAUAUCUGAAGAGUAAGCCUGGUAAGAACAACAGAAAGCUUGAUUGUGCGAAGGUCACAGAUGAGGAGCCGUUCUCUAAAGAAUCUGUUGCUAUACAAGAGGAGGAAAGUAAGGUAACUGAUAAUGCUUGCAAUGAACAGCCUACUGUUACCCUUGAUGUUAGAGAGAGCCAGUGUGUUCCUGUGGAGAACAUGCAAGAUCAUGAGUCACUGGCUGCUCAGCACAAGGCUAUGGAUAUAGAGGUGAAAGAGCAAGAAAUGCCCAUGGCAGAAGAGGAGACAAUUAAAGCAGUUUCUCAGAAUGAAAUUGAGCUGACAGUCAUUCCUUGUAUCAGGUCUGAGGACUCAAAUACCACCUUUGAAAAAGAGACAGGCGUACUAAAAGAUGCUUUACCUGAUUUGUCCCAAAAUACGGAAACCCCAGAAACUUGUGAGAUGCAGAUUGUGACUGAUCCUGAUCCAAUACAAGAAACUGAAGAGGUACAACAAAUGUGUGAGGGAGAAACUGUGAGUAACCCACUUCCAGAAGAUGUCAGUUCUACAAAAGAAUUGCAGGCUGAAGACUCAGCAGAAGCUCCUCCACCACUGUCGCCAGAAAAACUGGAGAAGAGCACGAAAGCAGACCUGGUUUCAGCAUCGUCCAGUGGCACAGUAGUAAACGAAAAUCAGGAAAUGGAAGAGGAUGAAGGCAUCCACAGUCACGAAGGCAGUGAUAUAAGUGACAACAUAUCAGAAGGCAGUGAUGAUUCUGGCUUAAAUGGUGCUCGGACAGCACAGGAGAAAGACCAGAAACCACCCCAAGAAGUGGCAGAAGCCAAGGCCACAAAGGAGAACUAUGUGUGCAUAUUCUGCGAUCGUUCAUUUAAAAAGGAAGGUGAAUACAGUAAGCACCUGAAUCGCCAUUUAGUAAAUGUGUACUAUCUUGAGAAAGCAACAAAGGGGCAAGAUUAACCAAACUGCAGUUUCAUGACAGUUUAUUCUAGAGCUUAGGUACCAGUUCUUGUAGAAUCUUUGCUUAAGCUCAGUUUGCUUAUACUUUUUAAAGUUGGUUGUGUUUUUUCUGACCUUUGAUGAAAUGUUGAACUAAUUAAUUACUUGUAUCUCUUUGAUUAGAGAGGGCAAAUAGGGUAUGCAUGCUGUGGCUUGUUAAAUUGGCAGAACUCCUUGGGAUAGAGCCCUGGAAUCUCUUGAGUAUUUCUGUUGACUUGAAGCAGAACUAUUCACAAGUUAGUAGGUUUAGAAAUGUAGCCUUGGGGAACAAUCCACCAAUAGUGUCUCCUGCACAGAUUCUAAAAAAAAAUAAAAUAGAAGUGUGCAAGAGCACUGUUGUGCUGUUGCAGAGUCCUAUUUGUUUCCAUAGGACUUGAGCAGGCGAUAGUAACAGUUGACUGAGCCCACAGUCUGGGCCUGUCCAGUCAUUACAUUCCAGGAAGAUAUUUCAGCCUGGUAUGAGACAUGUGCUCCUUCUCUCUUUCCCCUUUACUGCUAGGAGAAAGUCGAAGGUGAAUCAGCAUUUAUUUGAACGUGGUAUCUUCCUGACCACCCAUUCAAGACCCCUUAUUUGAUCCUGUUUUAUAUACAUUUGCCACAAUGUGGAACUGCUUCCCCAUAUUCCAUUUCUACACCAUUGCAGUGUAGGUAAGGCCAAGUGUGUGAGUUUUCCCACCCCCUAAUGGGAAGUAAACAGUAACUGGUCCUGUCCCUGUGGUUCUGAUAUUCAGAAUACUUAGCUGUAUGUGAAUGGGGGUUUUCUGAAGACGGAUUGGGUGGUUAGGGAGAUAAUGUCUUCAGUAAACAGCACAGUCUGGUUCACUCUUGUCCUCCUCCUUGUUCGGAAGGAUGAGAGUCUUGGGUGUGAGACCAUCAGGCUCAUCCCUGGUUAAGAAUUCCUUGCAAUGUGACAAGUGCACAGGCCAUCUGUGCUUGUUGAACAAAGUGUUAUAGAAAUAAACUCCUAGAAAUUGAAAUAUUGCUCCAAUUGUUUCUAGAAAAAUCUGCCUUUUUUAUUUUCACCUGUUGGUAUGAUGAAUGCUUAAAGAACUCACUGUGGCAGAUUAUUUGUAAAAAGAGCACUUUCAGAAAAAUGUUGAGGUUGGCUAACAGAAAACAUAAUUGCAUGAUCAUAUAUUUAAUUUGCAUAUACAUUUCAGGUCCCCCAAUCAUGAUCAGCAAGCCAAAAUCUUGGGAGUUCUUUCUACCUUUCUGUUGAUUAGUGAAUCCAUUAUUUGUUAAAUACUACUUUUUGACAAGGUUCUUAUUUCUUCUUGUGCUUUAAGAGAUGAAAAAAUGUUGCACAUAAUUGUUUUUAUUUUUACCUAUGCAGUUUAAGCCUUUAGAAGUUUAGUUAUUUCUGUGUAUAUGAACACUUUAUAUAUGCAUGUUUGGUUUUUGUUAAUGGGUUUCCUUCCCGUAAUGUUGACUUUCAGGUUUGUUGCUUAUUGUGGCCAGUGUUGUUUAUCUUGACCACAUUUUCUGGUUCUGAGUUUGUGCAGUGUUGUAGCUUUAAUUAUUUGAUUUUUGGAACAAAUGAUACUAAAGGAAUGUCAUCCCACAGACCACACUAAGAACCAAUUACUGCUCAUGGAUAGCUCCCAUUGUGAAAGGGGAACUUCUCAGUAGAUUGUGCCCCCAAGAAGGUUGUUCAUACAUAUCUCUGUAUAUAAGGUUGGAUAAUAUAUUCAUAUAGUAUGCAUUUUUAUGCAGACAGUACUUUCUGCUGUUUUAGUGCAUUUAUUAUUGCUGGGAGAAACUUUUCACUGCCCUCCAUUAAAAUGAAUAGGGGCAUGCAUGUGAAAUUUCAUAGGAAACUUAAUUUGUUAAUGGAUGGUGCUUGUCGAGUUCUAAGCAUGGAAUAGUCAAAUGAGAGCAAAAAAUCCAUUAAAAGUACACGUGAAUUUUAAAAUUUGCAAGUACUCUUGCCCAGCUCAUACUCAUUUCAGAGGGUCCUGUGCAGGAGAAUUUCCAGGUGUGUCGUGCUCCUUAUCUGCUUGACAAAGACAAAUGUUGGCAAUUACAUAAUACAUGGAAUUUGAAGUGAUCAACACUAUCGGGAAGAUCUUGGAAAGCAACAAAUAAGGGAAGAUGUAGAAAUUCCUGAUCCUUAUUCCAUCAAGUUCUAACUUAAAUUAAUUACCCUGAUACUUUUAUACUUGACAUAAAAAGGAGUUGAAAUGAUUGGAUAUAUUAUGAAUUUGCAAACACUGGGAGAAAAGUCACAAGUAAAGCAAGUCUGUUAUCAAUAAGGUUUGAGGCAUUUGGAAUGUGUGAGCAGUGAGAAAACUGCAGGUCUUUUGCAUCUAUCCCCCUUCAGAUUUAUGUUUUUCCUAAAUUUGUAGAUAUAAAUGCCACCUGCAGUCCUGCAAAGCAACAUCUAUGGAAGCUUGCACUUCCAAAGGGCACAUUCCAUCCCAGCAGCUUUUGCCAAUCUGAUGCCUUCCAUGCCAUGUACUACCACUCCCACCUGGACGGCACCAGGUAGGCAAAGGCUGAUCUGGGAGGACGUUUCUCCAGGACAAACCCCAUGAGUGUAUUCUGGCAUGGCUCUUGUUUACUUCUUGGGGCUUGCGCAGAAGAACUUCCUGCUAAACUGUGCCUCAGAAUGGCUAUCACGAUAGUUUUUUGACCUGCUGCAUAAAUAUUAAAGCAAACUCUUUUAUUCUUUUGUCUUGGAGACUGCUAACACUUGCAUUAGUUUAAGCUGUAUUCGGUCUCUUUUCCUCCUCCUUUCUGCUAGAACCUUUUGUGGUUCUUUUUCAAUAUAACUUGACUGAAUACAGGAACCUAAUACUUCUGUGUAGUGGUUGGGUGGGUGGGGGGAGUUUUCUAAUAGGAGGCCAAAGAUCUGAGGGAGAAAAAUCCCUUUAGGGCAGAAAUAAAUUGUGUAACAUUGGUUAUUUGUGUGUGAAUAGCUUGUGUUGAAUACUUUGGCUGUGACAAUCAUUGUCAACUGAGAAUCAAGUUGCAACUAUAUUUAUGUUGAACCAUUAAACACUGCUGAAUUGUCUUCCUAACCAAUUAGUUGGAAUAGUAUUAAACACAACUUUAUUGUUGGAUGUAAAAUAUUGUCAUUUUGUAAAAUAUUGUUUUGUAAAAGGUUUGGACAGAGGUUGGAAACUCCAGUACAGUGUAGACUUUUUUUUCUCUCUCUCUGCCUUUUUAAAAAGAGAUGUUUCCACUUUGUAAAAACCUUUGUGGCCUUAAGCUACAUUUUUUGUGAUUUUUUUUAAAAAACCAAGUUGGUUGAAAAGGUUGAGGCAAAGAGGUGUCACUAGCAGUAAUGACAUUAGAUGACUUCACAUUACAAGAAAAUGCUGUCAUGUUACUCAGAAGAUCUUACUAGCAAAUGAUCAGGAGUAAAACUUUCACACUAGAAAAGACAGUAGAAGUUGGUACCUGUGUUGGGUAGUGUUUUUGAGCUUGAGAGGGCAAACUGUUAAGUAUUAAAAUAAUAUCUUCCACCGAUGUAAUUGUUGUGUCUUGAGAUAUAUUGGAUAUUGUGAUUGACUUGAAAUUCCUGUAUGCUUUCCCCUAUUCUGUUAGAAUAGAAGGCGGUACCUAUAGUGAUUGAACAGUUUAAAAAUAAAACUGGUAAAAGAUGGAAUGUCACUCCUGUCUUAAUGUUAGAUGUUGCAAGCGGAUUAGUGAAAUUAGGGUUAGACUACAGAUGAGUUACUGUGUUUCUGCCUAAAGUAGAUAUUUCUUAAAUUGAAUUUUGAGAUUGUCACAGGAAUUUUGGAUACACCUUUCCAGCGUCUUCCUUUAUUAAAGGGCUUCUCUCAGCAGCAAUGCCUGUCAUAACACCCCAGCCUGAUACAUCCUGCAUUAUCUCAUGUUGUUUGACAGUGUGGCUAGUUAGUAGAAUCUAUAGUGUUUUUGGAAAAGUAGCCUAAAGAAUGGAUUACUAGGAACUUGGCAACACAUCUUAAUAUUGCUGCUAUUUAGGGAUUGAUUGACCUAAGGGCUGGAACUUUAAAUCUUUUCUACAGAACAAACUGACAGGUCAGUUAAUACUCAUAAUGCCUUUGAUUUCAGUAUAUUGUUUUGCUGAUGUAAGCACAUGUUCAGUUAGGUUUAUUGAAUCUUGAUUGUGUAGCUAACAAGCUGAAAUACAAUAUUAAUUACAUCCAGGUAGUUUAAGAAAUUGUUUCACACAUGUGUAUAUAUACCUUUUCCUCCCCUAAAAAGCAAAUCACACUAGCUAAAGAACUUUUUGUAAGCUGGCACUGAAACAUUUUAUGUUUGGUUGCACCGUGUUUGAAGCUUUUUACAGUGCAAUACUUGUAUUAUUCUGUCAAUUUAAACCAAAGGUAAUUUUUUUUCAUGCUUUCUCUCUACUGUAGUGCAUGAAGAGCUUUUAUAUGUUUGUAAUAGAUGUAAAAUCAGAAAAGAUCACAUAUCCUGGGUUUUUUAUUUACCUAAACUAUGUACAAGCCUUUGUCCAAAAUGUAAGGUGUUAAACUAAAUUGCAUAUUAACCCAUGAGUGUAUUUUCCUAAGCAUAGUUAUGUCAAUAAACUUUAUUAAGGAGUA